AUGGCGCUUUCUACAGCGGUGAAGGAAGGCGAUCUUGUAAAGACAAGGUCUAUUCUGGAAGACGAGACAGGUGAUAACAAGCUAGUAAUGCUAUGCAGUGUGGAUCCCGAUGGAAAGACACCCCUCCAUAUCGCUUCAGAAGAAGGACAUAUUGACCUCGUGAAAUAUAUGACUGAUUUGGGGGCGGAUAUAGAGAUGCAAAGUAGAAGCGGCGACGCCCCUCUUCACUAUGCGUCUCGAAGUGGUCGUCAGAAUGUUGCUCAAUAUCUCAUCGGGGAAGGAGCAGAUACCAAUAUUGGUAAUAGCAAUGGCUAUACACCUCUUCAUCUUGCUUCGGAGGCGGACCAUGUUGGUGUUGUAGAAUGUUUAGUGAAAUCUGGAGCAGAUAUAAACAAAGUUUCAUGUGAUGGUUCUACACCCAUUUAUACUUCAGCAAGACAGGGUCGUCUUGAUGUGGUGAAAUAUCUCAUAACUCAGGGAGCAGAUAUGACAUUGAAGGGAUAUGAAGGUAAAACUUCUCUUAAUACUGCGGCUUCCUGUGGUCAUCUCGAUGUAGUUAAAUAUCUCUUAACUAAAGGUGCAAAUAUCAACAUGGAUGACAACAGCAAGUACACACCACUUCACGCAGCAUCAAAAGAGGGCCAUCUUCAUGUUGUUGAAUAUCUAGUAAAUGCAGGAGCUGAUGUAAUGCGAGCAGCAAAGAAUGGCGCAACACCCCUUCAUUCGGCGUCAUUUAAUGGUGAUGUAGACAUUAUAAACAUUCUCCUUUCUAAAGGGGCGAACUUGAAUUCGGUUAAUAACAAUGGAUAUACACCCCUGUGCAUUGCCUCUAAAGAGGGUCAUCUUCAUGUCGUUGAAUGUGUAGUAAAUGCAGGAGGAGAUGUAAACAAAGCAGCAGAGGAUGACAGGACACCUCUUUAUAUGGCAUCAUCUAAUGGUAACGUAGACAUUGUAAAGUGCCUAGUAAAUGCAGGAGCUGAUGUCGAGAAAGUAGCAAAGAAUGGCGAGACACCUCUUUACACGGCGUCAGAUAAUGGCGCAGUAGAUGUUGUAAAAUGUCUCAUUUCUAAAGGGGGCAGUCCGAAUUCGGUUGAUGACUAUGGUUAUACACCCCUGAGUAUUGCCUCACUUCAGGGUCAUCUUGAUGUAGUUGAAUGUCUAGUCAAUGCAGGAGGAGAUGUAAACAAAAUAACAAAGAAUGGCCUUACAUCUCUCUAUACGGCGUCAUAUAAAGGUCAUGUAGACAUUGUGAAAUAUCUAAUUUCUAAAGGUGCAAACCCGAAUUCGUUGUAUUUAGAUGUGUACACAACCCUGAGCAUUGCCUCUCAAGCGGGUCAUCUUAAUGUUGUUGAAUUUCUAUUGAAUGCAGAAGCUGAUGUAAAUAAAGCAGCAAAGAUGGGAAACACACCUCUCUAUGCAGCAUCAUCUAAAGGUGCAGUAGACGUUGUAAAAUGUCUCAUUUCCAAAGGGGCCAACCCGAAUUCGGUUGAUAACGAUGGUGAAACACCCCUUUACAUUGCCUCUCAAGAGGGUUAUUUGCAGGUUGUCGAAUGUCUAGUGAAUGCAGGAGCUGAUACGAACAAAGCAGCAAAGAAUGGCGCUACACCUCUGUAUGUGGCAUCAGGUAGAGGUCAUGAAGCCAUUGUAAAAUAUCUCAUUUCUCACAGAGCAAACCCCGAUUCGGUUGAUAAUUGUGGUGUCACACCCCUGCACAUUGCAUCUAAAGAGGGUCAGCUUCAGGUUGUCGAAUAUCUGGUGAAUGCGGGAGGGGAUAUAAACGUAGCAGCAGAUGAUGGCAGGACACCUAUUUAUGUGGCGUCAGGUAAAAGUCAUGUAGACAUUGUAAAAUGUCUCAUUUCUAAAGGGGCCAACAUGAAUUCGGUUGAUAACGGUGGUUGUACAUCCCUGUACAUUGCCUCUCAAGAGGGUCACCUUGAUGUUGUUGAAUGUCUAGUGAAUGCAGGAGCUGAUGUGGAGAAAGCAACGAAUAAAGGUUGGACACCUCUUCGAGCUGCGUCAUGUUGGGGUCAUGUAGACAUUGUAAAAUAUUUAAUUGCUCAAGAAGUAAACCCGAAUUCUGGUGAUAACGAUGGUUUUACACCCCUGUGCAUUGCCUCACAAGAGGGUCAUCUCGAAGUUGUUGAACGUCUUUUGAAUUCCGGAGCUGAUUUCAAGAAAGCAGCAAAGAGUGGCGCAACACCUCUUUAUGUGGCGUCAGGUAAAGGUCAUGUAGACACUGUAAAAUAUCUAAUUGCUCAAGAAGUAAACCCGAAUUCUGGGGAUAACGAUGGUUUUACACCCCUGUGCAUUGCCUCACAAGAGGGUCAUCUCGAAGUUGUUGAACGUCUUUUGAAUUUCGGAGCUGAUUUCAAGAAAGCAGCAAAGAGUGGCGCAACACCUCUUCAUGUGGCGUCAGGUAAUGGUCAUGUAGACAUUGUGAAAUAUUUAAUAUCUCAAGGAGCAAACCCGAAUUCAGUUGUAAACAAUGGUCUUACACCCAUGUACCUUGCCUCAGAAGAGGGUCAUCUUGACGUUGUUGAAUGUCUAGUGAAUGCAGGAGCUGAUGUAAACAAAGCAACGGAGAAAGGCAGGACACCUCUUCAUGCGGCAUCAUCUAAUGGUGCAGUAGACGUUGUAAAAUGUCUCAUUUCUAAAGGGGCAAACCUGGAUUUAGUUGAUAACGAUGGUAUUACGCCCCUGUUCAUUGCAUCACAAGAGGGUCAUCUCGAAGUUGUUGAACGUCUUUUGAAUUCCGGAGCUGAUUUCAAGAAAGCAGCAAAGAGUGGCGCAACACCUCUUUAUGUGGCGUCAGGUAAAGGUCAUGUAGACAUUGUAAAAUAUCUAAUUGCUCAAGAAGUAAACCCGAAUUCUGGGGAUAACGAUGGUUUUACACCCCUGUGCAUUGCCUCACAAGAGGGUCAUCUCGAAGUUGUUGAACGUCUUUUGAAUUUCGGAGCUGAUUUCAAGAAAGCAGCAAAGAGUGGCGCAACACCUCUUCAUGUGGCGUCAGGUAAUGGUCAUGUAGACAUUGUGAAAUAUUUAAUAUCUCAAGGAGCAAACCCGAAUUCAGUUGUAAACAAUGGUCUUACACCUAUGUACCUUGCCUCAGAAGAGGGUCAUCUUGACGUUGUUGAAUGUCUAGUGAAUGCAGGAGCUGAUGUAAACAAAGCAACGGAGAAAGGCAGGACACCUCUUCAUGCGGCAUCAUCUAAUGGUGCAGUAGACGUUGUAAAAUGUCUCAUUUCUAAAGGGGCAAACCUGGAUUUAGUUGAUAACGAUGGUAUUACGCCCCUGUUCAUUGCAUCACAAGAGGGUCAUUUUGACGUUGUUGAAUGUCUAGUGAAUGCAGGAGCUGAUGUGGAGAAAGCAAUGAAUGAAGGUUGGACACCUCUUCGAGCUGCGUCAUGUUUGGGUCAUGUAGACAUUGUAAAAUAUCUAAUUGCUCAAGAAGUAAACCCGAAUUCCGGGGAUAACGAUGGUUUUACACCCCUGUGCAUUGCCUCACAAGAGGGUCAUCUCGAAGUUGUUGAACGUCUUUUGAAUUUCGGAGCUGAUUUCAAGAAAGCAGCAAAGAGUGGCGCAACACCUCUUCAUGUGGCGUCAGGUAAAGGUCAUGUAGACAUUGUGAAAUAUUUAAUAUCUCAAGGAGCAAACCCGAAUUCAGUUGUAAACAAUGGUCGUACACCCAUGUACCUUGCCUCAGAAGAGGGUCAUCUUGACGUUGUUGAAUGUCUAGUGAAUGCAGGAGCUGAUGUAAACAAAGCAACGGAGAAAGGCAGGACACCUCUUCAUGCGGCAUCAUCUAAUGGUGCAGUAGACGUUGUAAAAUGUCUCAUUUCUAAAGGGGCAAACCUGGAUUUAGUUGAUAACGAUGGUAUUACGCCCCUGUUCAUUGCAUCACAAGAGGGUCAUUUUGACGUUGUUGAAUGUCUAGUGAAUGCAGGAGCUGAUGUGGAGAAAGCAAUGAAUGAAGGUUGGACACCUCUUCGAGCUGCGUCAUGUUUGGGUCAUGUAGACAUUGUAAAAUAUCUAAUUGCUCAAGAAGUAAACCCGAAUUCCGGGGAUAACGAUGGUUUUACACCCCUGUGCAUUGCCUCACAAGAGGGUCAUCUCGAAGUUGUUGAACGUCUUUUGAAUUUCGGAGCUGAUUUCAAGAAAGCAGCAAAGAGUGGCGCAACACCUCUUCAUGUGGCGUCAGGUAAAGGUCAUGUAGACAUUGUGAAAUAUUUAAUAUAUCAAGGAGCAAACCCGAAUUCAGUUGUAAACAAUGGUCGUACACCCAUGUACCUUGCCUCAGAAGAGGGUCAUCUUGACGUUGUUGAAUGUCUAGUGAAUGCAGGAGCUGAUGUAAACAAAGCAACGGAGAAAGGCAGGACACCUCUUUAUGCGGCAUCAGAAACUGGUGCAGUAGACGUUUCUAUGUUCCCGGCGACCACGGCAACCACGUUUCAGGCCACCGUGGACGAAACGGGAUUGACGUGA